UUGACAGACUUGCAGUGUGGUUUUCCCUUUAGCUUACUCCCUCCCCUUGCAGACCCCGAACAAAGGAGGAGAGAUGAACAAUACAGCGGGAGAGCGAAGCAAAACCAGCGGCGGGAAGAGCAGUGGCGGCGGCGGCGUGGGCGGCGGCGGCGACGGUGGUGGUGGUGGUGGUGAUGGUGGUGGUGGAGGUACUGGUGGUGGUGGUGGUGGUGGUGUGAAUGAUGUAACCCCAUCGUUCAGUGAUAAACAGUUGGUGGCUAACCUCACUCAUUCUUCUCCUGUGUUCACGGUGCGGGGCCUGGAGGCGGGACUGGAGCACCUUGUGAUGGUGAGGGCACAGAACCAGGAGGGCCAAGGAGAGCCGGUGUUCCUUACAACUUUCACCCUUAACGACAACCCACAGACGGUCAUUCGAAUGCCGCCGAGACUUGACGUGGGGGACAGUGGGAACGAAGGAGGGCGAGGCAGACUUCUUGUGGCGCUUCUCUCUGCCGUUAUAGUGGUAGCAGCGGGCGUGGGAGGCAUUGUGGCGGUGGCUGUGAUGGUGGUGCGGUGGCGAGAUGCGGCCAGGCAUGAACACCACGCUCGUGACACGGUGGAGCUGAGUGAGGAGAGCGUGGUGGUGCUGGCGACAGGAGGGCAUGAGUCAGGAGCACAUCCAUCCCCGCCCUGCCCCCGCCCGCACGCCCACACCCACCCAGUGUUCCAGACGCUUCAAGUGGACCUGAGUGAAACACCUGAACUCCUCACCUGUCACGCCGGGAGGGGGGGAGAGCCCAGUCCCCCUCGGUGACCCCCACACCCCUCCCCGGCCCUCCCGCCUCCCUCCUCCCCCCCACUCGCACUUCGGUCGCAAGGUGUGUCGGCUAUUAGGGCGGCGCAGGAGUAACCCAGACGAGGCAGUGGACGAGUGGCGGUGUACAGCUGGUCGUCACUUCCCGCUGCCUCACUCACUCGCAGCGGACACGACCUGAACAACCCGUACCACCUGAACGCACUGCACUUGUAAAACGACCCGCUGGCGCCAUGAGGGGCCCGCUGCAGCAUGGUACGACACAGCAACGACUGGUUCUUAUCUGGGGCUGUGUUCUGCUAGACAGUACCCAUUACGAGUCCCCUUACCAACUCCCCACACCCCCCUAGUCAGUUUGUCAUGUUGAAAUCAAGGCAGUUCCCCCUCCCCUCCAUUCAACCCACAUUCCACAGUCCCACAGCCACUCAGCCCCACAGCCCUACAGUCCGUUUUCCACGUGUUUGUCUUGACCUAUUCUCUAAAACUGUGACAAUCUACUACUACUACUACUACUACUACUACUACUACUACUACUACUAUGUAUGUACACUUUCUGACGGUGAGAUUCGUUUUUUGUUUUUUUGUUUUU